GUUGAAUCAAAACCUGAAGACAUUUUAAGUAUUCACACAUAUAUUUCAUGGCAGAACAUUUUUACACUAAAAUGUAUUCAAGAAAUAAUUAUAGGAUCGCUCCUAAGAGAAUGGAUCCACACACUCGACAGCGUAUGCGUCCAUGGUUAGAAGCAAAAAUUGAGGCCGGACAAAUUAGAGGACUUGAAUGGAUAGAUAGAAACCAAAAGAUAUUUAAAGUUCCUUGGAAACACGGAGGGAAACACGAUUGGAAUGAACAAGAUUCACAGAUCUUUAAGGAAUGGGCUCUACACACAGGAAGAUUCAGAGAAGGAGUCGAUCAGUCAGAUUGGCCAACGUGGAAAACAAGAUUUCGAUGUGCAUUGAACAAACUUCCAGAUAUUCACGAAAUGAAAACUUAUGGAAGACUUGAUGGUCCCGAACCAUAUAGAUCUUAUAGAUUUCUCAGUAAACAUGAAAUCACAUACCCGAAUAAAGAACCAGUGAUUGAUCAUCAUGACGACUCGAACUCCCCAACAUCAUCACAAGACUACAAUAUGAUGGACGACCAGAAUGUAGAGAUAAAUUCUAUGCCGGAAAAGGUAAUCAAAGGUGAAAUUGAUAUAGAUGAAAACAUAAUACCAUCAGGCAAUCUACCGUCAGAUUUAAGAGAUCUUCGAAUGCAACCAAUAACAAAUGGACUUGCCAAGACGGCUGAUGGAAUUAAUGCCAUUAACCCUGCCCAAGGCGAGAUUUCAUUACAGAACAGAGAAGUCGAUCCUACAAUGGUGUUCAAACUUGGAUACAGACAUGUUGAUCUUGGAAGCCAUACUGUUCAUAACUCUAGAGGAUGUCGACUUUAUUAUGGACCUUCCGAUAUGGAACUAAAUGUUCACUUACAAAAUGAGGUAUAUGGUCCAAAUGAUGUUGAUCAAGUGCAUUUUCCGUUGUGUUUUUUGGAAAACAAAAAGCAAGAAGAAAUGACACUUACAUUGCUGAAUUACCUCGAUCGUGGGAUAAUCAUCAGGGUUCAGAAUGGUCAGAUCAUUGCUACUAGAAAAUGCAGAUGUACCAUAUUUGUUCAACUACACAAUUCCCCAGAGCCGGUUAAAUUGAACCGGGAUGAACCAACUAUAAUAUUCGAUUACUUUAACUGGUUUGAGCCCAGUUUACAUCGAUAUAUAAAUGAUAAAGGACCACGUCCUUCGGCAGAGGUUAUGAUCAGCUUUGGUCAAAAGUGGUGUGGAGGGGAAACUGAAUUCAGAAACAAUCUAAUAUGGUCAAAAAUCUACCUGGAACAGGCAUAUCAACAACUGUGUAAGGUAACUUGCUCAAGUCCACUUUCUCCAAAUAUUGAAAUAUCGAGAUCAGAUAACAUUGACCAAUUCUUGAGACACAGACAAGAAGCUGUUAAACAGUUAAAUGGUUACACAUGUACAUAAUGCAUUUGUAUUUACAAAACAGAUUUUUAAAUAUGUGAUUGGUUACUUAAAAACAGAUAAAUUGUCAAUAUUUUUGUACCGUAGAUUAAUAAUUGUACAUGUUUAAAUUUCAUACAUGAUUAUGCUAAUUAAAAUGGAUAAAAGCAUUCAGUAGCACUCUAUACCAGUCUCCUUUAUACAAUAAUAAUAAUACUUUAUUCAGAAGCAUAGAAUAUACAUGUUUACAUUAAAUUUUUCAAAUACAUAAGUGUCAUAUUAAUAAAAAAUAAUUAUAAAUACUCAUAUGGCAGAGAA